AUGGAGGCAAGUAUGGAGAAGCUGGAAGCUGGAUCAGGAGAUGUUGAAAUGGCUCUGGAGCUUCAGGUAAACAAGUCACUCUCGGGUGCUGGUGCUGGUCAAGAAUCGAAAAGCUCAGAAGAGAAAUCCAGCCAUAUGUCGCCAUCCAACCAGACCUCGAGCAGCUCCAUGGCAAGACAGCACGUGAUAGACCAACUGGAGCAAGCGAGCAGCGCAGAGGAGAUCGUGAGAAUCUUGAAGGAGCUGCAAAGACCUGAAAACAAGGGCGAGAUGAAACAAAGAGAAAUAGAGAUUGUCAUAAGAGCAAUGGGAAAGAAGAAUGUGAAGGCACAUCAAUCCAGUGAAGAUAUACAGGUGCUCGCAUGCGGAAUACUGGGAGACCUGGCAAAGACAGGCCCCAGAUUAAGGGUGGAUAUUGCAAAACACAAAGGCAUCGAGGCCGUGCUCGCAGCCAUGCGUGCACAUCCCGCCGGCCAGCCUGUACAGCAGCAGGCGUGCGGGGCGCUGGGGAGCCUGGCUGUCAACGCCGACAACCAGGUCAAGAUCGCGGGGCUCGGGGGCAUCGAGGCCGUGCUCGCAGCCGUGAAGGCUUUCUUGUCGAGCGAGGAUUUGCUACCAGUGGCUUUAAAUCUUCUUGCUUGUUUCAGUUCAAAAGAAAGCAAGAGUCUGAUGAGAGAGCUUGGUGCAGGAGACCUUGUCUCCUCUGCAAUGAAAAGGUUUGAGCAGAAUGCAAUCAUACCAAACAUUGGAAAGAUUGUUCUCGAAUGGCUGCAAUAG